CCUCCCCCACCCACCCACACCCCCAGUACGGACCACCCUAGUACGCGCCUUGUUACAUUAUCCUACCGAGAUUCCACCCUCCCCGAACUCCCCAACCCUUGUGUGAACGAGGCCUAGGUCGGUUCGGAAAGGAGACUCCUCACAAUCCACCCUUCUGUCGCUCGUUGCCGCGUCCCUUCCGCCGCCCCAUCCCAACCUCUCCUUCGCACACCCAACGUCGUCGUCGUCCGAGAAAAAAAAGAGAGGACAGCGAGUUCGAACUCUCUACGCCAAACGACAACCGCAGAGGGAGAGACUCGAUACCCAUCGUCGUCGACAAACAUUCUCGACACAAUGAAUGCAAUGACUCGCCCACAGGAGACGGCGACGGUGACGCGGAUGACGGCCGAGGGCCGCAAGCUCAGCUACGAGCUCAAGGUCAUUCAGCAGCCGGAGCGCGCGAGAGCAUGUGGCUCGGGAGCCAAAUCUUCUGCCGACCGCAGACCUGUCGACCCACCGCCCGUGGUCGAGUUGAAGAUCUACGAGAUUGACGCACAGAAUCUCAAGAACGACAUCACCUUCUCCUACAAUGCCAACUUCUUCGUCUUCGCCACACUCGAGACUGCGCGUCCCAUCAUCCACGGCCGUGUCCAGCAGACCGCCCAGCAGAUCCCCGUCCUCACCGGCAUGCCCGUCUCUGGCAUGGCAUAUCUCGACCGCCCAACCGAGGCUGGCUACUUUAUCUUCCCCGACCUGUCAGUCCGCCACGAGGGAAAGUACCGCCUGAGCUUCAACCUGUACGAGGAGACCAAGGAGGACAAGGACAAGGAUGGAGAGUCGGCCACCGAUGCCCGACCAGUGAUCAAGCAGAACCCAGACGAGCCAACGGAUUCCUUCGAUUGGAGGCUCGAGAUCAAGUCCGAGGCCUUCACCGUCUUCAGCGCGAAGAAGUUCCCCGGACUCGCAGAGAGCACCAGCCUGAGCAGGACCGUGGCGGAGCAAGGCUGCCGCGUGCGCAUCCGUCGUGAUGUGCGCAUGAGGAGACGCGAGGGCAAGGCUGCUGAUGAAUACGACGAGCGCGCAGACGCCAACGGAUAUCGCCGAUCCACGAGAAGUGCCACCCCGGUUGAGCCUUAUAGCCGCCAACGAUCAUUGAGCAACAGCAACAGCGAGAUCAAGCCCGAGUACGCACACCGUCGCCCCUCGGCCGACGCCUACCCACCACACCCAUCAUACCCGGCACCAUAUAAUCACGGUCCGGCAUCCACACCGCAGCAAGGAGGAUCCUACCUGGGAUUUGGCGGGCAUUCCGCGCAGCAACCUCAAUUCCAGACUCCUCAGUUCGCGCAGCCUGCUCCUCCUCCACCCGCCCAGCCUCAACAACCACAUCAAUCCGCUCAAUCGCCAUAUCACCAACAAGCACCACAGUACCCGCCCCAACAGUCACCAGGCGGCUACAGUUACCCAGAGAGGCCGCAGUACGGCCAGUACCAAGCCCCGAGAGAUUAUGAUCCCGAAUACAGACGCCAAUCCCUCACCAGCGCACCUCUCCCACAACCACAAUACCCCCGCGAAGAACAAGACUCGAACCACGCCUCCUCCUACGCACCCUACCAAUCCCGCACCGAGGCCCCAGUCCUCGCACCGAUCAAGAUCUCCACCACCCCCGCCUACGAACCCAAGCACGAACUCGCAUCCUCGCCCAUCCCCUCUCUCCCCUCCCACCGCCUCUCACUGGGCAGCCUCCCCAGCCCCGGCGACCGUCCGGGAUCGUACAUGUACCCCUCCCUCACAUCAUCCACAUCCGCUGCCGAGCCACAGCGCGCCGGCAGCAAGCGCGCAUUCGAGACGGUUUUCGCGAACAACGCGCACACGGGGUCGCUGCACAAUGGCGAGAGGCCGUCGAGUUCGCACAACGGCGGUCCUGCGCAACUGGAUAAUGAGGAGUUGACGCAGCAGCAUAAGAUGGAGUAUAGACGCGCGGGUGGCGAGAGGCUUACACGCGCGGUGCGGGAUUUCGAAUAAGCUGCUUGAGUGGCCUGGAUGCGAUCGAUCUUGAGUUUCGAGCAGGGAGGAGAGUCGUAUAUACGUACACCCACGCACUUUGAGAGGGACGGCAGGUGCGCUGGACUACACUAGACAACCUCCUUCACCUCAACCACCACACCACCAUUUCUACCCCCCGCGACUUCAACAGCGCCCACCCACCUCACCACCACACAACACGAAGCCUCUAGACGACGGCGGCCCCUUUCAUUUUACUUGUUCCUCGGAUUUUUGUUCGGAUUAUAUCACAUCUACUCACGACCCGCGCUGAUGCGCAACAACACCACCACCGUACCACCACCACCGCCACCCACACACUACAAGACUUUCCUACGUCCUUCCUCGCUGUGCGCAUGGGGUGCAGUUGUAGCGGGCCCCUCCCCCCUCAUUUUCUGCCCAAGCGGAAAAGGAUGGGGGGCGGAGGGGUGCUCCGUACUGUAAAACUUUAGGAGGGGAUAUGAAGGAGGGGGUUGUUUUAUGACUUGAAAUACUUUCUUUUUCUUUUAGCUCGUGUCUUCUUUUUUUCUUCUGAUGGCUGUUUUUUGGCUGUUUUUUUUGUUGUAGGGAAAGCGCAAAGGUCUGGCUACACUGCCGUCUUUUUUUUUAGGGAUAGUUUUUUGGGAAUAUGAGAUGGGGGAGAUUUUAAAAAUUAUGUGUUGAC